AUGAGUUCGUUCGGCUACGACCCGUACUUUUCAACCUCCUACAAGAGGCGCUACGUGGAGCCGCCCCGGGUGCACAUCUCCAGCGUGCGCAGCGGCUACAGCACGGCGCGCUCCGCGUACUCCAGCUACUCCGCGCCGGUCUCUUCCUCUCUGUCCGUGCGCCGCAGCUACUCGUCCAGCUCGGGCUCUUUGAUGCCCAGCUUGGAGAACCUCGACCUGAGUCAGGUAGCCGCCAUCAGCAACGACCUCAAGUCGAUCCGCACGCAGGAGAAGGCCCAGCUCCAGGACCUCAACGAUCGUUUCGCCAGCUUCAUUGAGCGCGUGCACGAGCUGGAGCAGCAGAACAAGGUCCUGGAAGCCGAGCUGUUGGUGCUGCGCCAGAAACACUCGGAGCCGUCCCGCUUCCGCGCCCUGUACGAGCAGGAGAUCCGUGAUCUGCGGCUGGCGGCGGAAGACGCCACCAACGAGAAGCAGGCGCUGCAGGGUGAGCGCGAGGGGCUGGAGGAAACUCUGCGCAACCUGCAGGCGCGCUACGAAGAGGAGGUGCUGAGCCGCGAGGACGCCGAGGGCCGGCUGAUGGAGGCCCGCAAAGGCGCCGAUGAGGCCGCGCUCGCCCGCGCCGAGCUGGAGAAGCGCAUCGACAGCCUGAUGGACGAGAUCGCCUUCCUGAAGAAGGUGCACGAGGAGGAGAUCGCCGAGCUGCAGGCUCAGAUCCAGUAUGCUCAGAUCUCCGUGGAGAUGGAUGUGUCCUCCAAGCCCGACCUCUCCGCCGCCCUCAAGGACAUCCGCGCUCAGUAUGAGAAGCUGGCCGCCAAGAACAUGCAAAAUGCCGAAGAGUGGUUCAAGAGCCGCUUCACAGUGCUGACCGAGAGUGCCGCCAAGAACACCGAUGCUGUGCGCGCUGCCAAGGACGAGGUGUCCGAAAGCCGCCGCCUGCUCAAGGCUAAGACCCUGGAGAUCGAAGCGUGCCGGGGUAUGAACGAAGCUCUGGAGAAGCAGCUGCAGGAGUUGGAGGACAAGCAGAACGCAGACAUCAGUGCCAUGCAGGACACAAUCAACAAGUUAGAGAAUGAGCUGAGAAGCACGAAGAGCGAGAUGGCGAGGUACCUGAAGGAGUACCAGGACCUCCUCAACGUGAAGAUGGCCUUGGACAUUGAGAUUGCGGCUUACAGGAAACUCUUGGAAGGCGAAGAGACCAGGCUCAGUUUCACCAGCGUGGGCAGCCUAACCAGUGGCUACUCUCAGAGCUCGCAGAUCUUUGGCCGCUCCGCCUACAGUGGCUUACAGAGCAGCUCCUAUUUGAUGUCGGCUCGCUCGUUCCCAGCCUACUACACCAGCCACGUCCAGGAAGAGCAGACAGAGGUGGAGGAGACCAUUGAGGCUACCAAAGCUGAGGAGGCCAAGGAUGAGCCCCCUUCUGAGGGAGAAGCGGAAGAGGAGGAGAAGGAGAAGGAGGAAGGAGAGGAAGAGGAAGGUGCUGAGGAGGAGGAAGCUGCCAAGGAUGAGUCUGAAGACACGAAAGAAGAAGAAGAAGGUGGCGAGGGUGAAGAGGAAGACACCAAAGAAUCUGAAGAAGAGGAGAAGAAGGAAGGAGGUGCUGGGGAGGAGCAAGCAGCUAAGAAGAAAGAUUGA